UCUCCUGCGGACCCCGGAAGUGCAACUGGAACUUGUUCGGGGCGCGGAUCCGGAGAGGGAAAGUCGUAACAACCGCACGAGGGAGUUCGGCUGGCGAGCUGGAAGGCCACGCCUCCUCCCGCCUCCCCCCACAGCCCUGUAGCUGGGGGCAGAGCUCAGACUGUCUUCUGAAGAUUGAUGUCUAUUUCCUUGAGGUCUUUAAUUUUGUUGCCAAUUUGGAUAAGCAUGGCACACAUCCAGCAGGGAGGUCCAGAUGAAAAAGAAAAGACAACAGCCCUGAAAGAUUUAUUAUCUAGGAUAGAUUUGGAUGAACUAAUGAAAAAAGAUGAACCACCUCUUGAUUUUCCUGAUACACUGGAAGGAUUUGAAUAUGCUUUUAAUGAAAAGGGGCAGUUAAGGCACAUAAAAACCGGGGAGCCAUUUGUUUUUAACUACCGGGAAGACUUGCACAGAUGGAACCAGAAAAGAUAUGAAGCGCUUGGAGAGAUCAUCACGAAGUAUGUAUAUGAGCUCCUGGAAAAGGACUGUAAUUUGAAAAAAAUAUCUAUUCCAGUAGAUGCCUCUGAGAGUGAACCAAAGAGUUUUAUCUUUAUGAGUGAGGAUGCUUUGACAAAUCCACAGAAACUGAUGGUUUUAAUUCAUGGUAGUGGUGUUGUGAGGGCAGGUCAGUGGGCUAGAAGGCUUAUUAUAAAUGAAGAUCUGGACAGUGGCACACAGAUACCUUUUAUUAAGAGAGCUAUGGAUGAAGGAUAUGGAGUAAUAGUACUGAAUCCCAAUGAAAACUAUAUCGAAGUAGAAAAGCCGAAGAUACAUGUACAGUCAUCUUCUGAUAGUUCAGAUGAACCAGCAGAAAAACGGGAAAGAAAAGAUAAAGUCUCUAAAGAAACAAAGAAGCGACGUGAUUUCUACGAGAAGUAUCGUAACCCCCAAAGGGAAAAAGAAAUGAUGCAGUUGUAUAUCAGAGAAAAUGGUUCUCCUGAAGAACAUGCAGUCUAUGUGUGGGACCAUUUCAUAGCCCAAUCUGCAGCUGAGAAUGUAUUUUUUGUUGCUCAUAGCUAUGGAGGACUUGCUUUUGUUGAACUGAUGAUUCAACGAGAAGCAGAUGUGAAAAGUAAGGUGACUGCUGUGGCGCUGACAGACUCUGUUCACAAUGUGUGGCAUCAAGAAGCUGGCAAAACGAUUCGAGAAUGGAUGAGAGAGAACUGUUGUAAUUGGGUCUCUAGCUCAGAACCGUUAGACACAUCAGUGGAGUCCAUGCUGCCUGACUGUCCCCGAGUCUCAGCAGGCACCGACCGUCACGAGCUAACUUCCUGGAAGAGCUUCCCGUCUAUUUUCAAGUUCUUUACCGAAGCCUCUGAGGCAAAGACCAGUUCCCUGAAGCCGACUCUGACGCGGCGCUCCCACCGAAUAAAGCACGAAGAGCUGUAAGAGGAGAGCGAGCGAGACGGGGGAGGGGAAGCCGAGGAAGCACACUCGAGCAUAUGCAUCCACACGUCUCCCCACCGCCUGUUGUCGGCGAGCAGACUCCCAGCCCCUCAUUAGAUUGUUUUCUUCCUAGAGCACAGGGUCGUGAUAUAUACAUCUAAAUAGCGUUUUGCAUUAUUUCUAGAUGAGUGCAACUGUCAAAGCAAUAUGGGUUCACUGGUCGUGCUUCCUGCGGGCUGUGCUUGGGCUUCGCGCUGCCCGUCAGCGCGCAGAUUAAGGCCGACAGCGCCCUGCCCGGCGCGGCCGGCGCGCCUCUAAUUGCCCUGAUGGAGCCCGCGCCGGUGCUGCGGGGCGAGGGGCGUCUGCGCGGUCCUACCGCCCGCAGCCACGUAGUCGCAGCUCCGCUCCUCUCCUCUCCCCCGGCCCCCCUUCCCCCGAAUCAUAUCCAUUUUUUUUCUCCCCCGAACCGAACCGAAGGAAACUUUUAUUCUAGACUUAAAACUCCCGUUUUAAAAAGUUUUUUUCCGUAAGGGCGUCUAUGUCGUUUUUUUUUUUUUAAGGAAGUCUCCCCCCUCCCAAGCCAAAUUUAAAUUCAUAACGUGAAUUCCGUGAUGUACUGUGUAGUUCGGGGAGGGCAAAUUGUUCACUCCCUAACGAUCUAUUUUCAUUUCGAGACCAGAAGAAAAACUGCAUUAGAAAAAUCUAUAAAGUACCCAAUCCACGUUAUCGCUGGAAACCUUGCCAACUGAAUACGAGAUUUUACACAAGUCUCUAAUUUCAGAAGAGAUUGUUUAAACCAAAACAUAAUGAUGAGCAAAUCUUUUAAGUACAUGUGGGAAAGGUUUCAUUUUCAAGGGAGUUUCCAACUUUAUCAUUAGAAUUUACUUUUUUAAAUAUAUAAUGUGUGUUGGGUAGCACUGUAAUUUAGAUAGCAUACUUAAGUUUUGUUUAAAUCUUAAUGUGGAGGAAGUUUGUUGUUGUUAAUCCUAAGUAGAGUGGUCUAUUUUGAGCUUUCAUAGAGUUAGACCUUUUUAGGGAGAGUAUUUUUUAUCGUCGUAAGGAAAAGGAAUCUGUGCGCUUGAACCUUUUCCUUCUGAAAGGCUUAGUGGGGCUAAAAUGAUUCUUUUAGUUUUCUGCUUCAACAGAAAGGGAAAGACCUGGUGUGAAAGACUUUUCUCCUCUCAAUCCAAUGGUAUAAUUCGUAGUAGUCCACCUCCUCUGUAAGGUUUUGCCUUACAGUUUCCAACAAUUAAGUAUUUUAAUCCAGCUAGGAUCUGGCCAACUCUGUGAAAUAUGAGGUAAAAUAAGUUAAGGUUUUGCUGACUUUUAAAUUCACAUGUUAAAUCUUAACAUUAUUACUUUUUUAAUUACUUGUAGAAUUUAAUUACCUAGUGAAGAUUCUGUUUCUAAUAAGUGAGGAUCUGAAUUUAGUAUUUUUUUCAUCCUUUUUAAAAAUAUACGCAACAAUAUGCCUGCCUUACUUGAGGACACGACAAAAUGUACCCAAAAUAACUUAGAACUGUUUCACUCCUCAGAAAAAUAACUUAAAAUAACCACCUCACGGAUAAAAUGUUUUUAUACUAGGAACCGAUUUCAGCAAGUUUUAAAACUGGUAGUAUCUGUGUUUGGUACACAAGUGCAUUAAUUAGUUCUCAUAAUUUCAAUGAUGGUAAAUUAAGGUGAUCUUUCUUUCAGUAAUCUUAUAUGCAUAUCUUUCGAUGUUAUUUUAGCAGGAACAACAUAGGACGAAAAAGCAGAAUGUCAUUUUAUCCAAUUCCUUGGGUGGCUUAAAACGUGUAACCCCAGCAAUGUCGAGCAUGUUGCUCUGCAAUCUUUUCUGUUUUAGAAGUAAUAGUGAACUAUGUAAAAUAAUGGUACCUUCCACGGAGAGGAUUUGAGAAUUGAUGUGGAUUGAAUAUAUUUUUCCAAGUGUUAUAAAUUGUGUGCUGUUUUCAGAAUAUUAAAAUGUUCACAAGAAACUAGUUUUAUUGCAUUUUUUUAAUCAGCACUUGUACAGUACUCAAUUUGUGAAGCGUCUGCAGCUGAAUUAGAGCAAACAUGCUCAGGUUAUAAACCAAAUCACUCCUAUUUCUUCUCUUCAGUUUUCUCACCCCUAGUUUUUAAAAAACCUUCACUUGUAACUAGAGUAAAUCACUGCUUAGUUGCCUUUAAUACUUUAAAACUACUGGGUUGUUAGGCCUUGUUUAACUAUCUAUAGAGAGCUAUCUGCAAACUUAAGUUGUGUAAAUGUAAUUUCUACUUGUGGAUCUGCGCUGUUGCAACCCAGAGGGAACUAGGCAACCCGUCCCAGACCUCCAACUGAUUACUGAUAAGAUUCCUUGUAAUGUAGAAUCUUUUAACCUGUUGAUUAUGGGUUUGUUUGUAUAAAUAUAUUGUUUUCACCUCAGUUUUCCUGGAAUAACAACAGUCAGUUGGUAGUAGCCCGCCUGCUUGGACGAGACAAGGGUUAACAAUGUUUCUGCUCUGCUCUCCCAUUUUGGUUUCUUUAAGACAAGUUUUCAGGAGAGUAGAGGUUUAAAGUUAGGAAGUGGGCUUUUUUUUCUUUUUUUUAAAUUAUAUAGUGAGUGCUUAGAGGAAGUGGAAUGGGAAGCAUGGAGUUGUUGAUCAAUCUAAGGUCCAGAAUAGAACUGUUAAAACUUAAAAGCCAGAUACUGGCUUUGGAGCUUUCUAAAGGUACUUAACUAUACAGCCGUUAAAAGUUUUCAUGGAUAUUUGAAGGCGGGGGGAGAAAUCUUCUUGUAUUAAUUGUUCUUUUCUCAAGUUUCUGCCUUGUGCUUCAAUUUGGAUUGCAUUAUUGUUUAUACCAAAAGAAAAGGAAACUAAAGCACAGGAGUUUCCUAUAUAUUAUAUAUUUCUGUUUACUAUUUUAAAAUAAAAAACCAUUUUCCCAAUAUCCGGUGACUUAUUAUUCUUGUUCAGAAGCUCAUUUAAUCACUCACAGAGGUCAAUAAAAGCAGAAACUUAAUAAGAAUGAUGGGACAGCAUUUAUCAAUAUUUUAAACCUUAUAGUUACUUAUUAUUACUAUUAUUGUUGCUGUAAGGUAAUACCCUAACUUCAGUUGAGUCACUAUUUAGCUUGGAACUUUCACAAAGCUUUUUUUAAGAUAUUUGUUUUUAAGACCUAAAAUAUCUCCUUAGCUACAAGGAAAUUCGAACCCGUUGUUAAACUAUCAUUUUAUAAAAUAUACUUUACUAUAUACGGUAAACAAAUGUGUUUUCCAAAAGGACUCUGUUGAGGUUAAAUUGCUCCCAAAUCCCUGUAUAGGUCCUUGAUGUAGUACAUCUAAUCUGAAAAUACCUUGUUUGUAUUUAUUUCACAGCUUUUCCUUCUUUAAAACCUGUAACUUUUUUGAGAGAGUGUGGGUGACAAAAUAUGUUAACUGUAUUAUCAGUGGUAAUAAAUUAGAUUUUUUCAUUUUUCUCUGGAUUAUCCGGGGUUGCAGUCUAGACACAUGUGUGUCUCCGGUUGGAAUCAUAGUUUGUAACUGUGGACUGACAGGUUCCUUUUGGUGUCUGUAAUCCUGGUUCAUUUAAGAAAGAUUACUAUUACAGAAAGGCUAAAAUUUUCUCAAAAUUUUUCCCUAUGCCUUUGUAGAGAAAAAUGUCUUUAAAUAAGUGUGAUAUAUUCUCAUUUUUGAAAUAUGGGUGGCCAAAAAAAAGGAUAAUAGUAGUGGUUAUUUUAUGAUUACUUAUUAGGAGGUAUAAUAAUAUAAAAUAAAAGACUCCAGGAGGUACUCCCUUUCAAAAAUUGAAUACUUUCCUUCCUUCCUUCCUUCCUUGUAUAGUGUGACUGAGUGGGAGUCUCUUGAAUUGUUCGUCUUCCUUUUAUCUAAUAUUCUAUUAAUCUCCAAAAAGAUCAGUUUGAGUCUGGGAAAGGGUUUUUAAUCAACACUUCACAGAGCUUAAAGCUACCCUACCUAAAGCGUUAGCUUUGUUAGGCGGUUUUAGAUUUAAAGCAUUGCAACUGUCAUGCACUGUACUAAAAGUAAAGAAUGUACACCAAGUGGAAGAUGUUGAAAAGAGGGAAAUAGCACAAAGUCGAUUAACAGAGAUUCGAGAAUAGAAGUAGCCAUCAAAGCAUUCCAGCGUUUAUCUCGAAAUCUAUGUAGGAUAAAAAAAAAAAAAAGAGGCAACAAUGAUAGUUUUAAA